UUGUACUCUGUAGUAGUGCAGCAAGAGAAAGAAAAAGAAAAGAUACAAAGAAAAAAGAAAAGGGUAUCUUUCAUUUUGUUCUGUAAUUAUAUAUAGAAGCAAAAAACACUUUUGAAAAUCAAGAAAUUCACGGGAUCCAUUUUAGUUAGUGGGUUACUGGUAGUAUUAUUUAGUACACGUUGCUCCAGAAAGUUGAGUGCGAGAGAGUAGAAACAUUUUCUAGUCAAAGAAAGAAAAUUUUAAUUUGAAGAGGGAAAACAGUAGCGGUGUUUAAGCUAAAAAUCGGCGCUUGGAAAGUUUUGGCCUUGGUUCCUCACGAGGUUGUGUCAGAUUUUCCAAUCAAAAGAACUUAGCACUAUGUUUGGUUCGAUGAAAGAGAGAAGAAAAGAACUUUUUUUUCUUUGACACCUAUUAGUUAAGACUUAAGAGAAAGAAAUAGAAAUGAAGAGAAGUUAGAUUUUCCAGCCACUUUAAAAAGCCACUUUAUCAUAAGGAAAUCAAGUGAAAUAGAGAAAUCAGAAUGGAUGGACUUUCUUCUUUUCAUUUUCUCUUUUCCACAUUUCAAACAGUGGAAAAGUAAUUAAAUUUUCUUUUAUUUCUUUUUUAAAAUUAGUGCCCCAAACAAAGUGUAAGGAGAAAAGAAAAAACAAUUAAUCUUUUAUCCAAUUUUUUAAGGAGCAGGAGUAUUGGGUUCUUGCAUCUCUCUCUAGUUUUGCAUUUGAAGUUGUGGUGAGAGGGAAGGAGAGAUCGAUCUUGACGAGAUGGGUAAAGCUACAAGAUGGAUAAAGGGCUUAUUGGGGAUGAAGAAAGAUAAUAAAGAGAAAGAAAGAGACAAUGGGGAUACCUUAAGUUCAAUUUCAAGUGACAAGAAAGAAAAGGAAAGGUGGAGUUUUGGCAAAUCAGGUAGAGAUAAUAACAGUGUGAUUCCAAAGGUUGUGGAUAGUUUUCCAGUGAAAGAUGCUGCCUGGCUCAGAUCCUAUCUUGCUGACACAGAAAGAGAGCAGAACAAGCAUGCAAUAGCGGUGGCAGCAGCCACCGCUGCGGCUGCUGAUGCUGCGGUGGCUGCAGCUCAGGCAGCUGUUGCAGUAGUGAGACUCACUAGUAAUGGUAGGGGGGCUCUGUUUGGUGGAGGGAGGGAGAGGUGGGCUGCAAUCAAAAUUCAAACUGUCUUCAGAGGAUAUUUGGCUAGGAAAGCUCUUCGAGCAUUGAAAGGAUUGGUUAAGAUACAGGCACUUGUUAGAGGCUAUCUGGUCCGAAAACGGGCUGCUGCAACUCUCCACAGUAUGCAAGCUCUUAUAAGAGCUCAAACUGCUGUCCGCACCCAACGUGCUCGUCGUUCGAUCAACAAAGAGAAUAGAUUUCACCCCGAAAGUCGACCACGAAAAUCCAUUGAAAGAUUUGAUGAUACAAGAAGCGAAUUUCACAGCAAAAGGCUGUCUACAUCUUAUGAAACGAAUGCAUUUGAUGAAAGCCCAAAAAUUGUUGAAAUUGACACAUAUAAAACAAGAUCAAGAUCUCGCAGAAUCACUUCUGCAUUAUCAGAAUGUAGUGAAGAAUUCCCUUACCAAGGAAUCUCAUCACCUCUUCCAUGCCCAAUUCCAGCUCGAAUCUCCAUCCCUGAUUGCAGACAUCAUCAAGAUUUUGAUUGGUACUUCACUGGUGAAGAAUGUAGGUUCUCUACUGCCCAAAGCACUCCAAGAUUUGCAAACACUAUCCGGUCCAAUGCACCUGUUACACCAGCCAAGAGUGUUUGUGGGGAUAGCUAUUUUAGGCCUUACUCAAACUUCCCUAACUAUAUGGCAAACACACAGUCCUUCAAGGCCAAAUUGAGGUCUCACAGUGCUCCAAAGCAGCGGCCAGAGCCAGGGCCAAAGAAGAAGCUCUCUCUCAAUGAAAUAAUGGCAGCAAGGAAUAGCAUAAGCAGUGUGAGAAUGCAGAGGUCAUAUUCCCAAUUCGAUGAAGGUUUAGGUGUUUGAUAGAGUAGUUGGUACCGGAGAUCCUAACCAGAAAGCUAUUUGAAUGUACAAGUUGGAAGUAACACAAGUUUCCUAUGCUUUUUCUUUUUUUCUCCUUUUCAAUUUCCACUAAUGUUGACAACCCAAAUAGGAUAGAAGAAGAAAGAGUGCUUUCUGUAUAUUCUUUUCAACAGUUCAUGUUGAUCUUUGCCUUAGCAAUGAAAUGUGAGCUUCUUUUCUUGUCA